CGCGCGUGCGCGCCGCCGGCCAGCCGGGGCGUCUGGUGCUGCUUGUGACGGGCGGCGGCGGCGGCGGCGUUCGGGGCUGCUGGCUGCCGAAGGCUGCUCCAGACACCUGCGGCGGCGGCGGUGGCGACCCCGCGGCGGGCGCAGAGAUGUGGCCCCUGCUGGCGGCGCUGUUGUUGGGUUCGGCGUGCUGCGGUUCAGGUCAGCUGAUAUUUAAUACAACAAAAUCAAUAGAGUAUACCAUUUGUAAUGAAACUGUUGUCAUCCCUUGCAUUGUUACUAAUCUGGAGCCAAAGGACAUUGUUGAGAUAUAUGUAAAAUGGAAAUAUAAAGGAAAACACGUUUUGAGUUUUGAUGGAUCUAACCAGAAGACUGAUACCUACACUGGAUUUCAGAGUGCAAAAAUCUCACAACCAGAUCUGCUGAAUGGGAUUGCCUCUUUGACGUUGGAUAGGAAAGAGGCCGUUGUGGGAAACUACACUUGUGAAGUAACAGAAUUAGCCAGAGAAGGUGAAACAACCAUAGAACUAAAGUAUCGUGUUGUGUCUUGGUUUUCUCCAAAUGAAAAUAUUGUAAUUGUGAUUUUCCCAAUUUUGGCCAUACUUCUAUCCUGGGGACAAUUUGGUAUUGUGACACUUAAGUAUAAAUCCAGUCAUCCAAGGGAGAAAACCAUUCUUUUAUUUGUUGCUGGACUACUUCUUACUAUAAUUGUCGUCGUUGGAGCCAUCCUUUUCGUCCCAGGUGAAUAUUCAACGAAAAAUGCUUCUGGACUUGGUUUAAUUGUAAUUCCCGCAGCGAUACUAAUACUACUUCAGUACUGUGUUUUAAUGUUAGCUAUUGGAAUAACCUCCUUUACCAUUGCCAUAUUGAUCCUUCAGAUGCUGGGCUAUGUGCUCGCUUUGGUUGGACUAAGCCUCUGCGUCUCAGAGUGCACCCCAGUGCAUGGCCCACUUCUGAUUACAGGUUUGGGUAUUAUAGCUCUAGCAGAAUUACUUGGAUUAGUAUAUAUGAAAUUUGUUGCUUCCAAUCAGAAAACUAUACAACCUCCUAGGAAAGCUGUAGAGGAACCCCUUAAUGCAUUUAAAGAACCAAAAGGAAUGAUGAAUGAAGAGUAACUGAAGUGAUGGACUCUUUUCGGAGAUCAGAGAGAUGUGAAAGCACUCGUUGUAUUUAAGCACCAUGGCCUUGAUUCACUGUUCGAGAGAAGACAAGAAAAAUAAUUGGUUUUCAUUUGUGUGAGAGAAAUAAAUCAGUGACCCUUAAAUGAUUGUUACAGUUAAGUUUUUUUAUUCAAAGUAUCUGUGAUUUAGUUAAUAAAAGAACUAUGAUCUGUAGUGUGUACCCAAUUGAGAUUCACUUUUUUGUUGUUAAUUUUCACUAAAUUAGGGUCAAAAGUGGAGUAGGCAACUUCCAAGAAUGAUGCCUUUUGCAUCCAAGGUCCUCUUGACUCUUGUGUUCACCAAUUUAAACUGGUUCAAGGGGAAAAUGACCUGGCACUAACCUGGUGUUACCCAGAGCUAUCUAUGAAAAUAGUGGCUUUCCACUGAACAUUAGCAAACUUGGGUUUGCAGCAGCUCCAGUUGUCUUCGUUGAAUAAGGUAUCUGCCACCACUGGGUUGAGGACUCAGCGAAUAAGCAGGGACGGGUAUCUAGUUGGAAACAUGUUGUCCUUCAUGCAGUGUGGUACUGGUGGAGGCCAUGGUCUUCAUUCUUGGGGGUUGCUCUUUACCCAUUCUUCCUUCAGCUUACGAUGUAAGAAGAGAUCCUUUUCUGAUUUAGGGUAAUUUUAUUGAUUGAUGUGUUUUUCUUUUUUUCACACAACUUUAAGCCCUGUCUUGUCCUCCUGUUUUUUUUUUGCUUCUGCUGUACAAGAUGUAGCACCUUUUCUCCUCUUUGAACACGGUCCAGUGACACGGUAGCAUCGUUGCAGAAAGGAGCCAGAGAACUAUGUUCACACUUUUCAGUAAAAUAAUGAUGGUUGUAACAUACGUAACUCCCUUCCUCUGAUUUGAAGGCACAAUCUACAGUGUUUCUUCACUUCUUUUCUGAUUCGGGGCAUGAAAAAACAAGAUUGAGAAUUGAACUAUCAGUCUCCUGCAUGGCAACAUAAUGUGUGUCACCGUCAGGCCAACAGGCCAGCCCUUGAAAGGGUGGUUUUAUUACUGUUGUAUCUAUGUUGCAUGAUAAACACUCAUCACCUUCCUCCUGUAGUCCUGCCUCGUACUUCCCUUAUUCUAAGAUGGAAAAGUUUAACAAACCCACACGUUUCCUUCCCCAUUAGAAGAAAAAUAACAUCCUGACAGUUGUGAUCGCCUGGAGUACUUUUAGAUUUUUAGCACUCGUUUUCCUCCUUUGUGGGUGUGUGUUUGUAUGUGCACAUGUAUAAGAUAGGCACAUGCAUCUUCUGUAUGGACAAAAGCGGGGUACCUACAGGAGAGCAAAUGUUAAUUUCAUGCUUUUAGUGAAAACAUUUAAAGACAAAGAUCUUUAUUGGGUGGAAUUAUAUUUGAUGCAAAUAUUUGGUCACUUAAAACUUUUAGGUAAUUUGCCAAGCUUUUUGAUUGCUCACUUAUACCCUCUAAAAAUACUAAUUAUUCUUCCUGUUGUGUAAUAAGACAUUCAUAUUUGUAGUUGCAUUACUGAUAGUUAUUUCGUAGUCCACUGGAUGUUCUCAUGUGCCUCUUUUAUGCCAAAUUAACUGUCACAUUUCAUGUUGUGGGACCAAGAGGUUUGCCUGGGCAAACCACAAUUUAUGAUCUGCUGAUGCCUCUCAGAAAACUGAACACAUUAUGAAGACAGCUCUUUAAAAAAAAAAAUAGGAAAACUUUUUUUCUUCCCUAAAGGUGUUGCUGUCCAAAAAUAUUAAUAGGUGUAGAGGGAGCUGUGUUUCUUUAUACAAAUGUGAUGGUUUCUGUUGCUCUUUUUCUUCGGAAGGUAUUUCUAUUUUACUAAUAUAAUUUGUUAUUUUAGAAACCAAUUUUAAUGAAAGGAGGAAAAAGCAGAUGCACUUGAAAAAUUCCAAAUUUUUAUUCUCUAUUAGGAAAAAGUCAGGUCUGAAAGUCUUUAUAGUACAAACUUUUUAAUGAACUGAAAAAUUAUACCUUUUAAUAUGUAGUAAAUUCAUUUAUUUAAAGUUCAGUCUUGGAACUGCUCCAUCCCUUAUAUUCUCUUAAUGCUGCCUCUCUUUAGAGGCAUUCACUGCCCCAGAUGACACUUUGAGGUAGCAGGAGAAAUGCCAAAUUAAAUCAACUCUUGCUCUUACAAGUUGUCAGCUUCUCUGAAAAAGGGACCACAGCAAUAGGAGCUCUCUUGCUUGAGCCUCCUUGGGGCCAGUCCAUUCUUUUGAAAUCAAAUUUGUUAUGGCUCCCAAUUUUCUGUUACACCAAAUUAAGACUGCUAAGAAUUUUUUGAGCAUCAUAUACAUAAUUUCCCAAUCUACUUUUCUUCUCACUAAUUCCUUUUUUUCCCAUGACUGUUCCAUUUUGUAAGUUGUUACAGUUUCAGAGUGAUGCCAUUGCUAAUUUUUACAGCAAACUUUAAUUCUUUCUUGGUCAGAUCAAAAUAUUCCACUCAUUUAAAACAUCUUCUAGCCCUUUCUCCUUCACUGGCUCUCCUUUGUAACUUGAUACCAUCUGCUAGGUCCUUCUUUCAUCUUUUACCUUGCUUAGAAUUUAUUGUGUCUCUCCUUAGAAAUUUUGUCGGUCUUGCUUCUCCCUCUUGCUUUUAAAACUCCACCUUUGCAAGAGCUUUCUCUUAACUGCAGUAUUUUGCAUACAUUAGCCAUUCAGUACAGAAGUUUGAAGAUUGAGAGCUGUAUGUAAAUUUCCCACUAUUUUUAAUAAGGUGAGCUAGAAUUAAUUCCUUCCUUCCUCCUCCCCCUUCCUCCCUCCCUCCUUCUCUCCCUCCCUCCCUCCCUCCUUCCUUCCUCCUUCCUUCCUUCCUUCCUUCCUUCCUUCCUUCCUUCCUUCCUUCCUUCCUUCCUUCCUUCCUUCCUUCCCUCUUUCCCUCCCCCUCCCUUCUUCCCUCCCUCCCCACCUCUUUCCUUUCCUCUUUCCUUCCUUCCCCCAAAAAUCUUAAUGGGUGGUUAUAAUUUUCACCUGAAAAUUUCAGAUUCAUUCUGCUUCAACUUCUUGAGAAUGUCAGAAAUAAAAUGGGACUAUCCCAUUGUGUUCUUCUCAGAAUUCUGUAGUAAAUUUAGUUAAAUGACCCAUCAAAUUAAAUUUAAGUUAAUAAAGUUCAAAAAGGGAUGUUUAUACCAUUCAUCUCAUUAAUAAUAAUUUGAGUCUGCAUCACCUUCUAGAUUUCUCUUGUCCUGAAUUGGGUAUUCACAAGUGGAGAUACUGUAGUGUAUAUACAGAAAUGCUGUUUAUUUGCCGUCCUUAGAAACUGAAGAAAUGAUUGUUAGGCAUCCUUUUUCUUUUUUAUUGUGUUUUAUUUGCAAAUUUGUUUAGAAUAGUUGAUUUUACAUGUGUCAUAUUUUGAAAAUCACUAACUGUCAUCACCCACUGCGGGUCCUUUGUUAUGUCAUUUAAAAUGGCUAAUAGGAAUAAUCCAGGUAACUUUAAAAAGGCAGUAAACUGGAAGUUGUCCUGCCUUUGGCCUUUGACAGCUCUUAACAUUUUAAGAUCAACUUUCCCCAUUAAAUUUAGCCUUUUGAAAAAAAGAGAGCAUUUAUAAUAAGAUUCUCCAUAAGGCAACAUCCGUGGAAUCUUAACAAUGUUGUUAUCAUGGUUGGAGAGAGAGGUGAAACUUUUUUUUUUAUUAGAUGGAGCAUUAUUUACAGAAAGCCAUUGUUGAGUAUUAGAUAUCAUGUCAUAUAAAUAUCCAUUAACCAUUCUAAAUAAAGAAAACUCCAGUGUUGCUAUGUGCAAGAUCCUCUCUUGGGGGCUUUUUUUCCAUAGCAAUUAAAGGUGUGCUAUUUGUCAGUAGCCAUUUUUUGCAGUGAUUUAAAGACCAAAGUUGUUUUACAGCUGUGUUACCGUUAAAGGUUUAUUUUAUAUGUAUUAAAUCAAUUUAUCACUGUUUGAAGCUUUGAAUAUCUGCAAUCUUUGCCAAGGUACUUUUUUAUUUAAAAAAAACAACAUAACUUUGUAAAUAUUACCCUGUAAUAUUAUAUAUACUUAAUAAAACAUUUUAAGCUA